AUGCAGACUGUGAAGGGCAUAAUUAGGAUUUUUUUAGAAGCAGAAUAUGCCAAACAGUUUCACAUCUUUCUACUACGCAUGGUCUCUGGAGCUUCUUCUGCCACCAGAAACAGCAAGCAAAUAGAAAUAAGGUGCCUUCCAGGAGGCUACUUGGGCUCAACUCGAUGUUUAGAAACAGUCAGCCUCAUAAACCAUCACAUCAGAUUCACUAAGAAGGAGAUAGGAUGGUGGACUUUCCCUGGUGGUCCAGUGGUUAAGGAUCUGCCUUCUAAUGCAGGAGAUGCCGGUUUGAUCCCUGGUUGGGGAACUAAGAUCCCACAUCCCGCAGGGUGCCUGAGUGCCACAACUGGCAAGUCCGUGUGCUAUAAAUAA